CAAGAGAAGAAAGUUGGAGAAAGUAUCAACAGUAAAUGAAAAAGAUACUCAAAAGCAGUAUUUAAAUAUUUUCAAUAGCACUGAAAAUGGCUUCCUGCACGAACAGAGUUGGGCAAAGAAAAAUAUAUCAAAUUUUCACAAAUCAAUUUUGUACAAUAUUUGUAAAUGUUCUGUAUGUCAUGAGGCAUGGCCUUUGAAAUCAAAACCAAGAGCUGUAGAUUGUUAUGUAUGUUCAAGAUGUUUAAGAGAUAAAAAAUGUCCAAGGAAAUUUUCUUUUGAAAAUUUUAUGAUUCCAUCACCAGUUCCACCUCAAUUGCAGGGUCUUUCUCAGGUUGAAGAGAUGCUUAUUGCUCGUGCUCUUCCAAUUAUGAGGGUUUAUAUCAAACCAGGAGGACAAAGGGGUUACUCUGGACAUUGUAUUAAUUUACCUCAAAAUGUUAAAGAGCUUGCAUUAAGAUUACCUCGCUAUUCUAAAGAUUUAUCUGUGAUUAUUGUUAAGGUUAAAGGUAGGAAUGAUACAUUCAAAGAUGUGAAUGUACAGCGACAAAAAGUCCAUGAUGCAUUGACAUGGUUAAUACAAAACAAUCCACACUAUUCUGAUGUACAAAUAGAUCAAGAAGCAUUAAAUGCAUUACCAGACAAUGAUGUACCUUAUGAUCUAUUAACCGUUCAGACAGAUGAAACUUCUGAUAAUAAUGAGCCAGAUUUAGGUCCACCAACUGAUAAUCAUAGUGAGGAUAGAGUAUAUAAUGAGUCUACUGAUAUGAGUAGUUUUCUUCCUAUUGGUGAGGAACAGGAACAGGAAAUAGAUGCUGUUAGACAACAGCUUCUAGGAGAUGAACCCAUGUCAUGGCCUACUGUUGAGGAUCAGCCUUUGAAUGAAUAUCAAACACCAUUUUUAGCAACUAUGGCAUUUCCUACGUUAUUUCCAGAUGGUAAGGGAGAUCCUACUAAUCAAGCAUUGGCCCGAGAUGUUUCUCUUUUAGAUAGAGUCCGACAUUUAAUUAAGUUUGCUGAAAAAGUAAAUGGUAAAUGGGUCUAUCGCUUUGCUAGCCACCCCAGGUUUUCAUACUGGGCAUUGAAUAUGAUACAAAGGAAAAGGACGCUUGAACAAACUGGAAUAUUUCUAAAACAAAAUCCAAGUGAAUCGCAUUUGACAAUUGAUGAACUACGUGGCAUGGCAGAAAGUAAUAGUUCAGCUGUAUUCAUGCCUAAAGUUUCUAGGUAUGUUGCUAAUAUUGCGGGUACAAAUGCUUACUGGCAUAAAGUCAAGGAGGAUUUAAAAGCAAUUGUAACUAAUGUUGGUACUCCAACAUUUUUCUUUACUUUUUCAAGUGCAGACAUGCAUUGGCCAGAACUACAUUCAUUGUUUUACGAUGGCAAUGUUUCAGAAUUGUCUAGUCAGGAUAGGCGUCAAAAUGUAAUUGACAACCCUCAUCUUGUUGACUGGUUUUUUACUCAACGCUUAGAGAGUUUUAUCAAAUAUUGGCUUCAUGACACUCUAGAUGCCAAAUGGCAUUGGUAUAGGUUUGAAUAUCAAGGUAGAGGUAGUAUUCAUUGUCAUGGUACUGCUAAGCUUAACAAUGACCCAGGGUUAUGUGAUUUGACUAAGGUUGCAUUGAAAGGGUACUUAGCUCAGAAAUUUAAAGAUGAAAACACUGUAGAGGACUCAACUGAAUUAGAUCAGGAUAUUGAAGCUGGAAAUGAAGCUACUCAAACUGCUUGUAAGUAUGUUGAUUGGUUGUUAUCAACAAUGAAUCCAAACCCUCCAGAUGAAGAGAUGUGGAUAAGACCAGAUGUACAUCCAUGCCAAAGACAAUAUAAUGAUAUACCUGAGUGGGAUAUGGAUUCAGAUUAUGUUGAUAUUCUUAAUAUGGUACAGCGUCACACACGUUGUAGCACAAAUUAUUGCUUAAGAAAAAAAUCCUCAGAAAACGAACUGAAAUGCCGAUUCCAUUUCCCAUUUGAUCACUGCAGUCAAACUAAAAUUGAAUUUGAAAAAGUUAACAGCAAAAGCAGUAAUGAGCAACAAUACAGAGCAAAAAUUGUCAUGAAAAGAAAUGACUCGAGGCUUAACAAUAACCAGCGUCUUCAAUUACAGGGCUGGAGGGCUAACUGUGAUAUUCAGGUUAUUAUUGACCAUUAUGCUUGUGUAGAAUAUCUGACUAAAUAUGCUGCAAAGGGUGAACCAAGAUCACCUAUGCUAAAACAAACAUUCAACUCUAUUGUGAAAAAUGCUGACAACUCGAGUAAUCCUCAUAAAGCUAUUAAGAAAGUUGUCAUGAAAACUCUCGGAGAGCGAGAUUAUGCUGCUCAAGAAACUAUGCACCACCUACUCUCACUUAAGCUCCAUAGCUCAUCAUUCAAUGUCAUUCCAAUUAGUCUCAAUGGGUCACGCCGUGUAAGUAUCAACCAAUCUAAAGGUGAUUCUGACAUAACAUGUACAAGUAACUCACUUCUUGAUGUGUAUGCUAAUCGUGAGCAAUAUGAUGUUUCCCAACAAGUUCUCAAUAUGAAUUUUGUACAGUUUGCUACAACAUUGAAAGUUGUUAAUGGUAAGUUAGAAAAAUUGUCUCAAAAUGUGAUUCCUCGCAUAUUUCCAACAUAUUCCAGUAAUCCAAAAGGACCACAUUUUGGACAGUAUUGUAAGUAUCAACUUCUUAGGUACAAGCCUUGGAAGAUAAAUGAAAACAAUGCUUGGGGAAGUGAAGAGCCAACUGAUGACACAUUUAUCAGAUCAUGGCAUGAUUUUUUGCAAACAGAGUAUGCUCAAACAAAUGUACCAGAUUGGUUUGAUAAACUCCAAAAUGCUAUCCAAAACCAAGAAAUUGAAUUUGAAGAACCAGCUGAAUCAGCACCUAACAACCGUGAGGAGUGGAUGAUAUUAUCGGAUAGAAAUAUACCAUUUGAAAAUAGUUGUGUAUCGUCAGGCCAAUCACACGAUUGGCAAAGUGACAGACUAUGCUAUACUGAACAACAAAUUGGUGAAAUGAGCUCAUGGAUUAAGACAAAAAGAGAACAAGUUACCUGUUUUCACAAUGAAAUCAGUGCAGAAGUAAAUAUUAAUACUUUUAGUAGAAUGCAAGGACUUUCAUAUAAUAUUGUCAAUUCUCAUCAGUUAGAUAACAGCAAUGAUAAGGAACCAUUGUGCCUCAUAAUAAUAGGUGUAGCUGGUACAGGUAAAAGCUAUCUUAUCAAUGCUUUACGUAACUUACUGCAAAAUAAAUGUGCUGUUACUGCUACCACUGGAAAGGCCUCGUACAAUAUCAGGGGAGUCACUAUACAUUCUCUGCUAAAAUUACCAGUUGGUCCAAGAGGCAAUAAGGAGCUUUCUGGGCAAAGCUUAUCAAGGUUACAAGAUAAUUUGAAGGACAUAGAGUACAUACUCAUAGAUGAAUAUUCUAUGCUUGGCCAAACAACAUUAGGCUGGAUUGAUAAACGCUGUAAGCAAGCUAAAGCAAUAUACAACAGGAUUUUUGGUGGUCUUUCGGUGAUCUUAAUUGGUGAUCCUGGUCAACUGCCUCCAGUAGCAGAUAAACCAUUGUACCAUGCUCAACCUUCUAAUCCUAUUGGUGAACAGGGUUAUUUAGCGUACAAAAUGUUUGAUAUGGCAGUUAAACUAACUGUAAAUCAAAGAGUGCAUGGUACAUCUUAUGAACAACAACAAUUCAGAGAUUUAUUAUUGAGGCUUAGAAAGGGUGAAUCUACCAAAGAAGAUUGGCAACUGUUAUUAACUCGCCAGCCUUGUAGUGUAGAAAAUAUUGCUGAUUUUAACAAUGCUACCAGAUUGUUUUACAGUAAUGAUGAAGUUUCUUCUUACAAUCAUGAACAGCUAAAUAAGCUUCAGCAACCUUGUGCUAAUAUCAAUGCUCGUCAUUCAUCAACAACAGCUAAAAAUUUACCAUCAGAUGAGUUGUCAGGCUUAGAGCCUGUUCUGUAUCUUGCAAAGGGGGCUAAAGUGAUGUUAACAAUGAAUCUCUGGGCAAGUGUUGGACUUUGCAAUGGAGCUACAGGAACUGUUAUUGAUAUCAUUUAUGAACUUGGUCAUAUGCCACCUGAUUUGCCUAUAGCUGUUAUAGUGAAAUUUGAUGACUACAGAGGCCCUGCAUUUAUUGAAGAAUUACAAUCAUGUGUACCAAUUUGCCCUAUUACUGCAUCAGCUCAGUUGUUUGAAGGUGUUCAUGAAAGACAACAACUUCCGCUUAGACUUGCUUAUGCAUUGACUAUCCACAAAAGCCAAGGGCUUACACUAGCAAAAGCAUGGGUGGACAUUGGUAAAUCAGAAAAAACUCCUGGCGUCUCAUAUGUAGCUAUUAGUAGAGUAAAAACACUAUCAUCAUUAGUUCUUGAACCAAUGACCUUUGAAAGGUUAACAAGUGUUAAAUCAUCUGCAACAUUGCAUUAUAGACUUGAAGAGGAGUCUAGACUAGAUAACACUGCACAAUUAACAACUGUCCAAUUCUCUAGACAGGAUUUAUAAAAUAGGCUCAAGCUGUUCUCCUUAUAUUAGAUAGGUAUGGCACAGGCCCCAUACUUUAUAAAUAUUUUUUUCUACUUAAUAAGUAUAUGCUUGGACACAGUAGUUUCAGCAUGUUUAGUAGCCUUUCUUUCACUGUGUAAGAUUUAGUUCUUGGUAAGUUUCAAUAGGUUU